GUACCUUCUCUGGUUCUGCAACCAUCAUAUGGCAGUCCAUGAAAAUUCCUGGGACCCCCUUGGACACACAUGAGAGGAUUGGCGCGCCUAUGCUGCAGCAUUGAGGUACGGACGUGGUAUACAGCAGACACAGCAAUUACCCAUCGUGAUAUUCGGCACAAAAUGGCUGUGAGACACAGAUGAGUGAAAAUCUGACUGAUUCAAAGACCCUACCCGUCCAUGACGUCUGGAAAUGUUUCCUUCAGAAAGUUAGCGGUCAGUGUUGAGGUGAGCUGGCCAAAGUCAGAGGCGAGCACGGAAGGUGAAAUUAUCGCGCGAGGCAUUGGUGGUAAUAGACAAGUAGUCAGCAACUUGUAGGCAUCACUUGCCGUGUGAAGCUGUGCUGUGACGAAACCCUGGUCUCGAUGUAUAAAUUCGUUGCGACGCGAGACCUAUUCUGCAUAACGACCCGCCAUGAUGUUCCACUUUUUCGUGUUCUCCUUCUUUGCCUUGGUGUAUGCUGCCCCAGACCUCCACGAGCGACAGGCAUUAUCGACACUCUAACCUCUGCAGCUGGGUCGGUGUUUAGCCAGGCAACUGCGGGUGCUGCAAGUAUUGCAACCGAAGUAACAUCCGUCGCUGGGUCGGUGUUUACCAUCGUUACCAGUGCAGGUGGAGAGGGCAUUACUCUUGCGCAGUCGGGAGUAGGUGAAUUAACAUCGUUCGCUGGAUCUCAGUAUACCGUCCUUGCGUCGGACGCGGGCUCUGUCUUCACACAAGUCACCUCUGCUGCCGGAUCGGAAUAUACUGUCGUCACCAGCAAGGGAGGCGAGGCGAUCACUCUUGCGCGAUCCGGUGUAGGCGAGCUAACUUCAUUUGCUGGCUCUCAGUAUACCGUUCUUGCCUCUGCAGCCGGUUCCGUAUUCACAGAGAUCACCACGGCUGCUGGAUCGUUGUAUACUGUUGUGACAAGCAGGGGAGGUGAAGCCAUCACCCUUGCUGCGUCUGGAGUUGGUCAUGUUACCUCGUUCGCUGGGGCCGAAUACACUGCGAUAGGCUCUGCAGCUUCUGCUGCUGCAUUGAACAAUGGUGCUGUCGGAAUGUUCACUUUAAAUACGCCGUUAUUCGCGAGUCUGCUCGCUGUCGCAGGCGGUACAGUUGUCGGUGCAGUGCUUACCAUAUGCUGAUGAUGUCAUUACAUAUUUAUUAGGGUGCAAUCUAUUUUAAUUCCCAUUGCGGGCAGUGUGGUACGAAUAAAAUUUUCAACGUCGUCAUGUCGCUGCGCGGUCUUCCCAAGCCUGUCCAAUCACAGCAUCUUUUG